UUUGACAUUGACAGAUUAUUCUCUAAUUCUUUCAAUAUCAGUAUUCUAUUUUUAUUAUUAUCAAUUUAUUAAAAACAAUCAACGAACAUUCAGUUUCAAAACUAAGAGCAAUACUAAAAUGUAUGGAAGCUAUAGAAACCAUUUGCUGUUAAAAUCUUAGUAUGUCGGCUCGAAAUUAUAUCUCAUCAGCUCGUGAGAUAAACAUCAAUAAACUUAUCGAUUGUUUGCCGCAAAUAAACCAACAGAAGUGCGGAUAUCGCUCCGGACAAGAGCUACCGGCGUUGUCGGCGAACGCUGGUAGUGUUAUUAACAGAAAUCUGUUGUUUUCCUGUAAGAUACCAUCAUAUUCUGGGGAUAGCUUAGAACGGACCAGCACUCCUCUGUCUGACUUUUUCUCUGAAAGUGAAACAGGUACACCAGACUUCAACAGUGAAGAAAGUGAUAGCAGUGCAGGCUCGGCAUUUCGGCGAAACACAGCAGAAGCUUCCAAGGUCUUGGCUGCAGAGUGGGCUAGGAUUGAGAGGUCCCUUUAUGAUGAAGAGGGGGAAAAGUGCACCCGUCCACAGAUACUUGAAGAGUGCAGGCAGUGGAGAAAGUUGCACCCACAGCUUAGGGUUAUUGGUAAGGCUGUACCUCUACCUGAUAAGAGACUUUGCUACCGUCAGAUAGAGCACGAAGAGGUUAUUGCAAUGCACUACAGUGACUACGAACAAUUCAGUGAAAGUGAGGAUCGCUUAUCCCAAAGCAGCAGUGACGUUACACCACAGAACUCUCCCAGGAUCUCCAUCACAGGUGAUACUUACGAACCAAAACUGUCUCGUGAAAAGGUGUCAUUUAAACUGGAUGAAGAUACUGAAUUACCUGAUACCUUUUGUUCUUUGCUACAUAUAACUCCAAUACAAAUCCGUAGUCCAAUAUAUAGGAAGAAACCUAAUCAGUCGAUAUUAAGAUCCGAUUUAGCAUCGUCAAAAUGGAUGAGAAAAAGGCCAGAGUCUUCUAUUUAUGAGAGGAAUAGCGCAAAGUCAUUUGUAUCUUUAGAUACUAGGAAUUAUAUGGGACUGGAUAAUAGUAAAAUUGUAAAUGCCAGGGUAUUGACAGCAAGGCACAGGGAAAUGGCGAGACUUGAGCCAUUGUAUACGCCAGAGUUAAAAACAGAGGUUAGUAAAUUAGGUAAUGGAACACAUUUCCAUAUAAGGAAAGUGUCUCUGCCUCCCUUACUCUUGGAGGAGGAAAAGAGAAAGGUGAACGGCUCUGCUAGAAAGUUCAGCAAAUCUAGGAAAGGUCCGUCAAAAAAUUAUUCAGAGAAAGCGAAACAUUGAUGUAUGAAAUGAAUGUUGUAUAUAUUAUCAAUUUUUUCAAA